AUGAAGAUAGCCUGGGAAAGUCCGGACUGGCCAGGAAGUCGGAUAGAUCCCGGUAUAACAUGUCUCACAUGGAUGCCUCAACCCGAUCGACCGGGCCAUGGGAUGCUGGGAAUCGGAAGUGAGUCGGGCGCCGUCGGAGUAACGUUGACCUCAAUUGCUCCCUGUGAUGAAGACAGUCAAAGAUACAACUUCAACCUCCGCGGACAUCACUCGACGAUUUGUAUGGCAACUUGGAAUAAACCGCAAUGUAAAUUAGCUUCAUGUGAUGCUUCGGGAGUAAUCUACGUUUGGGUGCGAAACGACGAUCGAUGGUCGGUCGAGCUCGUCAACGAUCGGGGAGUGAAAGUUCGUGAUCUCUCUUGGUCUCCGUGUGGUCGAUCUGCAUUGAUUUGUUACGAGGACAACUUCGUGCUUGUUGGUUCUGCAAGUGGUCAACGGAUUUGGAGCCAUCAAUUUCCGGCAGCUGAUCACGAUGUAACUUGUGGUGUCUGGGCUGCUGAAUCGAGAGAAAUAAUUCUUGGCUUUGCUACUGGAAGUAUUCAGGUCAUGUUUUGCGAUGGAGGCAAUAUCACAGAACGAAGCCUUUGUAACGAACCAAUAACCAAGCUAGCUUGUUCCACGGAGAUUAACGGAAAAUGGACACUGGCUGCCCUCACCGAGAGAAAGUUGAUCAUGAUAUCAGCCUAUGAUCAAGUUGUUCCGCAUACGUAUACGGGUACUUUAUUAAUUAAAAAAAUCGAAUGGAACAGUGAUGGGACUUUGCUGGCUGCGAUCACCGAAUUACAUCAGUUGCUAAUUUUUGACCGAGAGGCAAGGCUAAUCCAUCGCGAAGAGGUGCCCCUGUCGAAGGAUCGACCACUUUCCGCGUUUACUUGGGCUCAUAAUGGAAAGACAAUAGUUGUGGCUGCGGGCGGGCAUGUUGUUGUGGGAAAACGAUUGGACGUUGUGUUGGAGGAGGAAAACGAGGCCGCUGUCUCCGGAAAAGUGUUGAUGGGAGUGCCCUCGUUGUUUAAUUUAGUCACAUAUGCCGUUUGGCGCGAACUCGGAGCAAGCUCUCGAAGGGUUGAUCGAUUGCCACUUCCAAAUCGCGAAAAGGAAUCGAUAAAACUCUUAGAUCAUCAUAUAAUUAGAUGUCGAAUACCACGGUCGGACGACUUGUGUAAAUUUGUGUGUACAGUAAACGAUGCCCGGUCAUAUUGCACGAUUCGACCGCUAACACGAGGAAGUCACUCAUAUGUACUCUGCAUGGAACACAUGGGCGGUUUGGUGCCACUGUUGGUGGGCCGACAAGUGAACCGCUUCCUUCCACAAUUUCAUGUUUCGCUACAUCAUGGGACGCACACCGGCUCGCCUGGCACCGGCACUCCACCGACAAAUCGACAACAGACAACAAUUGGAGGGUCAGCACAAGUCGAAGAUAUGUCCGUCCUUCCGCGAACAUCGACAGGCAGAAAUUCUCUAUGGAGAAGAAGCAAACGUCAAUUACGAGCUUUGAUGUCCCGCCACGUGAAUGCCGCCGUUCGAGCGCCGAGAACCGAUUCGCGUCUCGUUCAUGUUUCGUCGAAUGUUUGGUGUACGCGAUUCCAAGUCACGUCUCUGUCUCCACAACAUUUACCCGGAUUUUUGGCACAAAUUGUCUACAAAACCUCUGUUCUACACCUUCAACCACGACAAAUGACGGUUCAAUUGGCUAACAUGUCCCUAAGCAGCAAACCGUUAAGCGUCACUCGAAGAUCGUCUGGAUUGGACAAUUCGUCGAAUGCUUCAUCGAACAGAAAUGAGAAAAUUAACGAAGAGGAAUUGAAUAUCAUUGAACUUGGCGAAAAUGAGACCGAAGAUGAUUUGGCCCAGUUGUUGACGUCAUCGAGGAUUUCUGGGGAAAAUGGAGAUCGAGAUGAUGGAUUGACGCACGAGGAGAGACUAUUCUUUGAUCGGGUACUCACUGAAUGUGCCUCUUUGAGAGCCGCCAUGGAGUUGGCUGUCCCAUCCACCUCAGGAUGCUUGCCAUCAGCGAAUACAACAACCACUAGCAACGCCAUCUCUGCCGGAUCUUCAAAUUCAACCCGAGCCGCAAUGCAUUCAUUAUCACCAGCUAUUUCACCUUCACUAUCACAUUCCGAGAUUGGCUCCUUGGCUACUUCCGCGCUCAGUUGGCAAGAAGAAGUUGAUUCAAUGGAAUAUAUUGAUGGUGCCGACGAAGAAGCAGCCCUUUUGAACACAGAGAGCAGUGAACGCAGUCGGCAGCAGAUUCGGGAAAAGGGACAGGCUCCAGUGGAACAACGAGACUCGUCUAAACGGAAAUCGACUGAAAAAGCAAAAGACAAUGAGGACAUUCGAACGCAUCUGGAUAAACUUUCGAGGAUAGCCGCUCAAUUGGGCCAACGACAAUCGAACUUCAAUAAGAACCGUGAUCGGGAUUCGAUUCGCAAGAUGAGAACUCAAGUGAAGGAAUUAUUAAGAAGAGUGAACGAAAUUGAGAAGAAGGUUGGUGGAGCCGAUGUGCGUGGAGAGGUCCGCGAUCUCGUGCACACGAUUGAGGAGAUGAAGAGGGCACUCGGUGAGGGCUCGCGAGCUAGUCGACUCCCUCAAAACAUGCUCACCCUACACAACAAGGCGCCUAUCUGGAAUGAGACGAAUCAAGUCUAUCAACUUGAUUUUGGUGGACGAGUUACUCAAGAGUCGGCAAAGAACUUUCAAAUUGAGGUCGAUUCGAAACAGGUUUUGCAAUUCGGACGAAUCGAAGGCGGUGCCUAUACACUCGAUUUUCGUGCUCCUUUCUGUGCGGCUCAAGCGUUUGCGGUGGCUCUUGCAUCAAUCACGCAACGGCUUAAA